GAAUUGGGAGUGAACGGUGUUUGGUUUGUUUUUGUGUUCGUGCAUCAUCCUUAGGCUCUCUCUUUUGAAGUGUGCUUGGCUCUCUUUCGGUCUCUUCUCCGUCUCCAUCUCUCGGUGCGUGUGUCUCUUUCGCUCCUUAUCGAUGUCUGUCUGUCUGUCUGUCUGCCUGUCUGUCUGACUUUUCCUGUACAUCUGUCGUGUCUAUCUAUGUAUCUUUCUCUACUUCUUGCUUGUUAUGCCGGCUUCUUUGGCCUCUGUUUCGGCUUCUUGUUUCUCUGCUGUUCUGCCUUUCGACCCGAUUAAUCAGUUUAUUUUGAUUAUUCUUGCGGCUUGUUGUUGUGGCAACUCUUUUUUUAUUUUUUUUAUUUGUCAAUGAGCAAGAGAGAGACAUACAAACAAACAUACAUACAUACAUACAUGAUAGAUAGAGUAACUGCACACGAAAAUCAUAUCCUGUAAUGCCUCUACGGAAAAAAAACGCCUUAAAAGAAACACCCAAAAUGAACUAAAAACCGCAAAGCUUGAGAAGGAAACAUUUCAACGCGUAAAAAGAGGCAAGCAGAGGCAGAGGCAUGCCACAAACGAAGCUGCGAUUCGAAUCGGCGGCAGUUGUAAAACGUUCGUUGUUGGAUUCGGCGGCCGGGCCUUUCGUUGUCUCGUGUCCUGUUCGCAAUCGUCGUCCGGCAUCGUCGUGUUGCAUAUUCGCGGUGUUCCCAUCAUUAUUGUUGUUGUUGCAAAUUGCAGUUGCACUAGCGAUUGUUGGGAGGAAGAUAGAGAGAGAGAGAGAGAGACGGGAGAGAGAAAGAGCGAGAGACAGAGAGAGUGAGAGAGAGCCAGAGAGGGAAAAGCCAUUCGACAGAGUUGUGCUUGCAGUACCGUUAAACAGCCAAAGAAGAGAACGGGACACGUGUAUUCCAAUAUUCUUUUAUGAAUUCUUCUAUUUUUUUUCGGUGUAAUUCUUUUUUUUAAAAGUGAAGUGUGAAAAGUAAAAUCCAACAACAACAUACGAACACAGCAACAACGAAGAGAGCGAUAGAAAAUUCAGAGCGUGUGUGUGUGUGUGUGUGGAAAAAGAGUGAAAAAAAAACCUGAACCUGAAAUAAAACACAAAACCAAAAAGGGAAGAAAAAAAAAAAAAUAACAGCGUUUGCCGGCUGUGUGUGCGCGCCCGCCGCCUCGCCUCCUCCUAUCGAGACGCCACCACGCCAUCCAUUGGGGCCCAGAGGCAACGAACAGGCAGCAGCAGCAAACCACGAAGAAGAAGGAGAAGAAGGCGAAGAGCAGAAGGAAGGAAGAAGGCAAACACGAGGCAACAACGAUGCCCGUGGUAAAGCAGCGGAAAAUGAGCCGCUUUAAGAUGUCCGCUGGCGCGCAAUUGCAGAUGGCCCCACAGAACACUUCGACCCUAAGCCAUCAUCAUCCCAACCAGCAGCCGCAGCAGCCCCAACAGCAGCUGCAGCAGCAGCCCCCACAACAGCAGCAGCAGGCUCCUCCGCAGCAACAGCAGCAGCAGCAGCAGCAACACUUUGCCAAUCAUCACAGCUCGCAACAGCAACAGACGCAACAGGAACAACAGAAUCCACAGCAGCAGCAGCAGAUACUGUCACAGCCACACCUGCAGAUCCUCCAAAAGCAUCCGCAUCAAUUGCUGCCCCCACACCAGCUGCACCAGCAACAGCAGCAACAACAACAACAGCAGCAACAGCAUUUCCACCAGCAAUCCUUGAGCCUGCACCAGCAGCACCAGCAACAACAGCAGGUGGCAGCGGUAGCAGCGGCUGGGGGCAGCAGCAAUCCCGACUCGAAUAUGAGCACUGGCUCCUCGCACAGCGAGAAGGAUGUCAACGAUAUUCUGGGCGGAGCAGGAGCAGGAGCAGCAGCGGCAGCAGCAGCAGCGGCGGCGGCGGCGGCGGGCAUCGGUCUGUCGGUGCAGCAGUGCCCCAGUUUUCCACCGACUCUCGGGAUGCAGCACUCGAACAACGGAGGCGUUGGCGUUGGAGACAUGUACAUAACGACGACGGCAGCGACCACCAGCACCACACCGGUGAAGCCGCGCACGCCUGCCGAGCGGAAGCGCAAACGGAAGAUGCCACACAAUGCGGAGGAUGCGUGUGGCGGCGGCUCGGGCGGAGCCGUAAACAACAGCAGCGGGCUGGGUGGAAGCCUGAAGGGCAAGUCCCUGCCCUUUCGUGAUAUGUCCAAGGUGGUGACCAUGAGCCUCGGUCUGGGCGAACGCCUCAGUGGGACGAGCGUCCCAGGCGGCGCCGGUGGCGCUGGAGGCAUCUCCAGUGGUGCCGGUGGCGUCGGUGUCGGCGGUGGCAGCUCCAGCUCUGGCACAGGAGCGGGCGGCAAGAGUGCGCGCCUCAUGCUCACCGGCGGCGACAACAAGAAGAUCAACGACUACUUCAACAAGCAGCAGUCGGGCGUGGGAGUGGGUGUGGGCGUUGGCGGCGUUGGCGUGGGAGUGGGCGUUGGAGCGGGCGGUAAUUCUGCGACACUACGCGGCACCCACACCGGCAGCAAGUCACCCUCAUCCGCCCAGCAGCAACAGCAGCAGCAGACCACCCAACAGCAGCAACAGCAGCAGCAGCCGACUGUAUCUGUUGCCUCGGGAGGAGUGCCCGCCUCCAGUGUCCAGGUGCAGGUGCAGACCAGCCAGGUGCAAACGAGCAGCGCAUACACCCUGUAUCCCGCUAGUCCACAAACGCAGGUGGCGCCCAGCCAAGUACAGCAGCAGCAACAACAGUCUGGAGCGGACUUCCACUACGUCAACUCCAGCAAACAGCAGCAGCGCCAGCAGCAGCAGCAGCAGCAGCCACAGACUUCCAAUCAAAUGGUUCCUUCGCAUGUGGUCGUCGGCCUGGGGCAUGCCCUCAGUCUGGCCUCCAUUCAGCCGCCCCUCAUCCAGACGCAAUCGCAGUCGGCCCAAACCCAACAGCAGCAGCAGCAGCUCGGGCCACCCGCCACAUCGACGGCCAGCGGCCCAGGCGGAGUGGCCGUUGUGGCCUCACAUCCCCACCAGCUUAGCUCUCUGGGCGUUGGCGGCAUGGGCGUGGGCGUAAGUGUAGGUGUGGGCGUGGGUCCGCCUUUGCCACCGCCACCGCCAAUGCCCGCCACGUACAGCAAGGCGACACAGACGGAGGUGUCGCUGCACGAGCUGCAGGAGCGGGAGGCCGAGCACGAGUCGGGGAAGGUGAAGCUGGACGAGAUGACAAGACUGUCGGAUGAGCAGAAGUGCCAGAUACUGGGUAACCAGAAGACGAUCGACCAGCACAAGUCGCACAUUGCCAAGUGCAUCGAUGUCGUGAAGAAGCUGCUCAAGGAGAAGAGCAGCAUCGAGAAGAAGGAGGCGCGCCAGAAGUGCAUGCAGAAUCGCCUGAGGCUGGGACAGUUUGUUACACAGCGAGUGGGCGCCACAUUCCAGGAGAACUGGACGGACGGUUAUGCGUUCCAGGAGCUGAGCCGACGGCAGGAGGAAAUCACUGCCGAGCGCGAGGAGAUCGAUCGCCAGAAGAAACAGCUGAUGAAGAAGCGUCCGGCGGAGUCCGGACGCAAGCGGAACAACCAGAACAGCAACCAGAACAACCAGCAGCAGAAUUCCAAUUCCAAUGAUUCCUCCCAGCUAACUGGCGGCGGCGGCGGUGGCCCCGGCGGCAGUGAUCGCCUUGGUGGUGGCGGUGGUGGUGCCGCUGGCAGCGUUGACAGCGGUUUGGGUGGCCAAAAUUCGGGCGCCCUUGGCGGUGGUGCCGGCGGCGGCGGAGGAGUCGGUGGUGGUGGCGGCGGUGGCGGUGGCGGCGGCAGCGGUCGCGGCCUCUCACGCUCAAAUUCCACGCAGGCCAAUCAGGCCCAGCUCCUGCACAAUGGCGGUGGCGGCUCUGGCGGUAAUGUUGGCGGCAAUAGUGGCGUGGGCGAUCGCCUGUCGGACCGUGGCGGCGGAGGCGGCCUGGGUGGCAACGACAGCGGCAGCUGCUCCGAUUCGGGGACGUUCCUCAAGCCCGAUCCCGUCUCGGGGGCAUACACAGCGCAGGAGUACUACGAAUAUGAUGAGAUCCUCAAGCUGCGACAGAACGCCCUCAAGAAGGAGGAUGCCGAUCUGCAGCUGGAGAUGGAGAAGCUCGAGCGGGAGCGUAACCUUCACAUACGUGAACUCAAGCGGAUACUCAAUGAAGAUCAGUCCCGCUUUAAUAAUCAUCCCGUGCUGAACGAUCGAUAUCUGCUGUUGAUGUUGCUGGGCAAGGGCGGCUUCUCCGAGGUGCACAAGGCCUUCGACCUCAAGGAGCAACGCUAUGUCGCAUGUAAGGUGCACCAAUUAAACAAGGAUUGGAAGGAGGAUAAGAAAGCUAAUUAUAUCAAACACGCCUUGCGGGAAUACAACAUUCACAAGGCAUUGGAUCAUCCGCGCGUCGUGAAGCUCUAUGAUGUGUUUGAGAUUGAUGCGAAUUCAUUUUGCACCGUACUCGAGUAUUGCGAUGGCCAUGAUCUGGACUUUUAUCUGAAGCAACAUAAGACUAUACCCGAGCGUGAAGCGCGCUCGAUAAUAAUGCAGGUUGUAUCUGCACUCAAGUAUCUGAAUGAGAUUAAGCCACCGGUUAUCCAUUACGAUCUGAAGCCUGGAAAUAUACUGCUGACGGAGGGUAAUGUCUGUGGCGAGAUCAAGAUCACCGACUUUGGCCUCUCCAAGGUGAUGGAUGAUGAGAACUAUAAUCCAGAUCAUGGCAUGGAUCUAACCUCCCAGGGAGCGGGCACAUAUUGGUAUCUGCCACCCGAAUGUUUUGUUGUGGGAAAAAAUCCACCAAAAAUCUCAUCAAAAGUGGAUGUAUGGAGUGUCGGUGUGAUAUUCUAUCAGUGUCUGUAUGGCAAGAAGCCCUUUGGGCAUAAUCAGUCGCAGGCCACCAUCCUAGAGGAGAAUACCAUACUAAAAGCCACCGAAGUGCAGUUCUCCAAUAAGCCAACCGUUUCGAAUGAGGCAAAGAGCUUCAUACGUGGCUGUUUGGCAUAUCGUAAGGAGGAUCGCAUGGAUGUGUUUGCAUUGGCCAGACACGAGUAUAUCCAGCCACCGAUACCGAAGCAUGGCAGGGGCUCACUCAAUCAACAGCAGCAGGCACAGCAGCAGCAACAGCAACAGCAGCAGCAACAGCAGCAGCAGUCAUCGACAUCGCAGGCCAAUUCAACCGGCCAGACAUCGUUCUCAGCCCACAUGUUUGGAAAUAUGAAUCAGUCCAGCUCAUCCUAGCUGCCAACUAAACGCAAUUCCAAUUCAUAAUUCGCCGCCGCCGCCGCAGCAACAGCAGCAGCCACAGCCGCACAACAGCAGCAACAGUUGCAACAGCUGCAACUGCAA